GACACUUUGUGUUGAGGGUCACCCUCACAACUUCAUCAACAGAGGCAGAGACAGUGUGAGAUAGACGCAGACAGACAGAGAGACAGAGACAGGUAAUACAAAGGGGUGAGACGGAACAGCAUCUUCAGAGACAGACAGGCAGACAGAAGAGGAAGUGGGAUAUUUCUGUCCUAUGGGUCUUUGACACGCAGAUGACUUCAGUUGUUUCUUUGACGAGAGCGUGAGUGGAAUUUGCCCGCCAUCAGUUACAGGUGCUGGUUGGGAGAUUACCAUGGAAACCAGGAAGGUGAUGCAGCGAGAGCAGGAGGAGCAGUCAUCCCAGAUGUCUCACAGCAUGCAUAUGUCCUCCCAGAUCAAGAAGAGGACCUUCACUUCCAGUGAUGAGGAAGCCUCCUACUCGGAUUUCUAUCCCAUCAUCCCUGCUGACCUGAUGUCUGUCAAAGAGAUCCUAAACGACUUCCCCCACCACAGGACAUGGGACAUUCUGAAGGAAACACUGGCUACUGAUGAAGAGUAUCACAGAGACAAGUGGACCCUGUUUGGAAACGAGGCUGAGAAGUUGGAGAUCGGUGUGAUCAGGAGCCAGCAUGUGUUGCGCACACGGAUCAACAAAAUGGCCCUACGCAAACAGGUGGAAAAGAAGGCAACUGCCCACAUUAAAUACCUGGAGCAUCUGAGUCAGAAGGUCCCAGACUUUCCAAUCCCACUCAGGGCUCACACCGUCUGGGAGGGCAUGACCGUCCAACUCUGCUGUACCGUCCAGGGCUGUCCACCCCCGAAGGUCACGUGGUAUAAAGAUGGUGCGCCACUGAUAUUGUCUGACCAACCGUGGAAUUACAGCCUUCAACAAAAAUUUGGUCUGAACUCCUUGGAGAUCAGAAGGUGCUCUCCUGAUGAUGCAGGCCAGUACAAAGUGGUGGCCAAGAGUACCCUGGGUGAAGCCACCACCUUUGCAACACUCGUGGUGAACUCAUAUCAAGGAGCCGUGGCCGGUUCAGAGAGCUGGCAGACCCAAGCAUCCAACCUUGAGCGGGAGGCCCACUUUGGCACUUCCUUCCCUCCAACAUGGGUGAAGGAGGGCGACAGCCUCAACCUGCAGUGCACCUUCACCUCAGCUCUGUUGCCCUUCCAGCAGGAUGUCACCUGGUUCAGAGAUGGUGUACAGCUGCAUCAGUCCAGCGCUGUGGACAUCAAGGCGGUCGACAAUGAGGCCUCCAUCACUUUGAGGGCUGCGCACAAGGAGCAUGAAGGUGUCUACAUGGCCCGGCUGAAGACCUGGGAUACAAUCCAAGAGCACAGUGCUUUUGUCUACAUCACAGACGCGUCAGCCGCUGUGCUGGGAGGUCCUGCCUCUCCUCUGUCAGUCCAGGUGUGUGACGUCAACAAGGACUACGUUUUCCUUACUUGGCAGCCGCCAAGCGCCGAUGGAGAAUCACCUGUGCAGGGUUAUUAUGUUGAGAGAUGUGACCUUGGUCAGGGCGAGUGGGUACGCUGCAAUGUGCAUAUUCAGAAAAUGUGCCACUACCCAGUGUUUGGGCUGAAGGAAGGAACUACGUACCAGUUCAGGGUCCGUGCAGUUAACAGGGCUGGAGCAGGACGUCCGUCCAAGGCCACAGAGCCCGUCAUCACUGCAGACCCCCUGGAACAAACCCGGGCCAUGGUGGUCAAAGUGCACAGAGGGAGAACCAUCACCAUUACAAAAGAUGAACUGGAAGGUCAGGUCAAGGCUCCUCUCCCUCCCACAAAUGUCCACGCCUGCGAGGUGAGCGACACCUACGUGGUGCUGAGCUGGACCGAGCCUGAUCCCAGAGGCAGGGAGCCGCUCAGCUUCUACGUGGAGCGGUCACUGGCAGGGAAGAGCAGCUGGGAGCUGGCCAGUCUGGACAUGGUCGUAAACUCUCCCAGGUUCCCAGUGUUUGACCUGGCCAAGGGCAAGAAGUACUGCUUCAGAGUGCGCUCCGUCAACAAGUACGGCGUCAGUGACCCCUCUGAGCCGAGCGAGACCGUCUCCUUGGGGAAGCCACAAGCGGCACCGGCCCCUCCUCACUCCCCGAUGGCGGUGAGAGACACAGACACGUCAGUGCUGCUCCAGUGGCAGGAGCCCAAAGAAAAAGACGACAUCCUGGGAUACUACCUGUACUACAGUGAGACGGGCGAACAAGACUGGAAGACUGUGAACAACAAGCCUCUUACCCACACCAGGUUUAUUGUCCACGGGCUCGAGAAUCGGAAAGAGUAUGUGUUCCGAGUGAAGUCUGUGAGCCAAGCAGGAAACAGCAACUACUCAGAGGAGUCUCAGCCCAUCCUUGUCAAAUCUGCCAUUUAUGUUCCCUCUGCUCCCUCUGCCAUCGCCCUGCUGCUGUGCACUGGAUUGGAGAUGGUGUUGGGUUGGAGGGGCCCCCUCUGUCAUGGGGGGGACCCUGUGCGUGGCUACUACCUUGACCAGAGGGAAGAGGGCAUGAAAACAUGGAGAGAGGUCAACGUUAAGCCUGUCAAAGAGAGGACGUUAAGGGUUUGUAACCUGUCCAGUGGACACUUCUACCAGUUUCGUGUGUUUGCUGCCAAUAUGGCCGGCGUGGGGAAGCCCUCUGAGGCCAGUGAAGGUUUUCUGUGUGAGAAGUGGACAAUGCCGGAGCCAGGUUGUCCCUACGACCUGGCAUCCAGGGAGGUGAGAGACGACGCCCUGGUGUUGCUGUGGGCAGCUCCGCUGUACGAGGGACGAAGCCCCGUCACCGGGUAUUUUCUGGAAGUCAGUCAGGGUGACCAAUCGGACAGCUGGAUGUCUUUAAACGACAACCCAAUCUGUGAAACACAUUAUCAGGUGUCAGGUCUUCAGGCAGGUCAGACGUACCGUUUCCGUGUGUCGGCUGUCAAUGAGGCUGGAAUGGGCUUUGCCUCGCUGCCCACUGAGCCAGUCACAGCUCAGACUACACCAGGCACUAAAGAGAUUGAGAUUGGCGUGGAUGACGAUGGCUUCAUAUUUUUGGGCUACGAGGCCAAUGAGGUGAAUGACGAGAGCGAGUUCCUCUGGAGCAAAAACUACACUGAGCCCAUUGACGCCGUCAGAGCCCGAACAGAAACCAAGGAGAACAGGUCAGUCCUCACCUUCACCGACCCCUCUGAGGAGGAUCUGGGUCUCUACGCGGUAGAGAUGAGCGACAACGCAAACCUGUCAUCCAGCUACGACUUCACUGCCAAAGACCUUGAACGACUCAAAGAACUCAGCUGGCAAGUCAGAAAUCCAUUGAUAGCUCUGAAGUCGGGCUGGCAGGUGGAGGUUUCUGAGGAAGGCGACGUUCGUCUUUGGCUUCAGACUGAGGGUCUGAGUGACGCCGCUGAGCUCCGUCUCAUCUUUAACGACCGGGAAAUCUCCAGCACUCCGCACCGUAAGAUCAACUUGGACAAGGCCAAAGGUCUGGUGGAGAUACUGUUCGACCAGCUCGCCGCGGAGGACGAGGGCUCAUACACGGCUCAGCUGAGGGACGGCCGCGCCAAGAACCAGUUCACUCUGGUCUUUGUGGAUCAAAAGUUCCGUCAGACGCUGGCGUUGGCGGACGCAAAGAGACGCGACCAUCAGAGAAAGGCUGGACCCUAUUUCCAGGAAUUCUUGUCAUGGAGUAUAAAUGAAGACUGUGAACUCGUUAUAAAGUGCAAGGUGACAAACACAAACAAGGACACGUCUCUCAAGUGGUUUAAAGGAGGCGUGGAGGUGAGCCAGGUUGUUUACAACCAGUCAUCUGGGGCCAGCACGUUUACCAUCCCACAGGUAACAAAGGCAGUGGCAGGCUCAUACAGAGCUGUAGUGUCCGAUAGGAGAGGAGAGGACAUCAGCACCUUAGAGUUACUGGACAACGAGUAUGACGAGCUUCUCCAGCAGUUGAGUAAACAGUGCGCAUUGUCAGCUGGCCCACUGAGCAUUCAAAGCACCGCUGUAGGUUUCAAGCUCUGCUGCUCAUUCAAAUACUACAUAAGCCACCUGAAGACAAGCUGGUACUUCAAGGACAAGAGGAUUGAGCAGGAAGCCAGAACAAAGACUGGGAGCAGCAUGCAGAUGGUCUGGAUUGAAAUCUUAAACCCAACAAAAAAUGAUAUAGGCAAAUACACCUUGGAGAUGUUUGACGGCAAAGAGACACACAAACGGUUUCUUGACCUCUCUGAACAAGCCUUUGCUGAUGCCUUGCUGGAGUACCAGAGGUUGAAGCAAGCGGCCAUCGCUGAGAAAAAUCGGGCUAAAGUGACAAAAGGUCUUCCUGAUGUGGUAGCCAUCAGGGAGGACAAGUCCCUGUGCCUGACAUGCUUCAUCGAAGGUGAACCCGCGCCAGAGAUCCUCUGGCUCCACAAUGACAAAGAGAUUUUUAACCAGGCCCAAUUCACCAUCACUAAAGAGCCCAAGUGCAGCACCAUCACUGUCAACAAUGUCAAGACGGAAUAUUCUGGAAAAUACAGCAUCUUUGUGCGCAACCAGUAUGGCUGUGAGACGGUUGAUGUGACAGUGAGCGUGUACAAGCAUGGGGAGAAGCCUCCAGCUAACGCUGUGGAGAUGGGUUUAUAGACUGAAAGUUAAGACGCUAAUUCAUUUCUGCAUAUGUUAUGCUGUAGAUUGAGAAUUUAACAUAGCUAAGUGAGAUAGGCCUAGAUGGAUAGAUGGCAUUCACUCAACAUUUGACUGUUCAUUUGAUCCAAUAUAAACCUCUGCACAGAGGGAAAGUGGUCGAUAGAUUGUGAUAUGGAAUGAUGGCAGCUUGUUCAUGAGGGAAUUAUGAUGAACAUGUCAAAAUUGACUAUAUAGUGAAAUACUACUGUCUAACAAUAUUUUAAUCUGCAUUAGCUAAUAUUAGCUCAAUUUAGGUACCGGAAAUAACUGGAUGUUGGCUAACAUUAUAUUACAUCGGCUAACAUUUGCUACAAGCAUUGGUUGAUGUUGGCCAACAUUAGAUAUGUGACAGGUAGCUGAUGUUAGGUGGCAUUGGCUGAUGUUAGUCGCCGUUAUUGACGAAAUAUACAAAUUUAUUAACUUAUAGUUGUUAGUUGAGGAAUUAACAGUUUGCUGAGUGACUCUUGUUUGAUUAUUGUGGCCACAGUCGUCAUUAUUCAACAGACGUGAACUUAAUUGCUCAGAGCAUCUGUUUAAUACACAAAAAAGCCUCAGCUACUGGACGAAGUUGUUGGUUAAUCAGAUGUCAUGUUUGUGUGUGUAGCAUGUUGAAUAAAACCAAUUCAGUAAUACAUUU